UAAACUUUUCAGUAACAGAAAAAAUGGCGGCGAACGGGGAAGAGGAGUAUGACUGCAGAACGCAUAAUAACUGAUUUAAAAUGGACUCCAGCAAUGAACAAUUAGAACUAGAGGAAGGAGAAAUYGAUGAACUUGAAGAUGGAGAGAUUGAAGACGAUGAAACUACGGAAAAAACUGUAAAAACGACAAGUAAUGUUACACCUUCGUCAAGCGUUGACUCUGAUUUUUCUCGAAACUCUUCAACAGUAAAUCAUGAAGAUAAGAUMUCUCAUUACAGUCCUAAAAUUCCUCCGAACUUUCGAAGAAGGGGUAUUAUCCCUUCUCCAAGGUAUAAUGUCACUGAAAAUCGGUCGAAGAGACCACAGUACGAGCGGGCUCUACCAGCUCAUGUACCUGAAUUCAUGAGUCCAAGGACUGCUUUUUUACGACACAUUAGAGGAUCUUUACCUGCAGGAAUGAUGAGAGAAAAGCAAAGACGUAUCCUUGAUAUAAAUAGACAGUCAUCAUUCGCUUUUGCUCGUCGAGUUUUUUUGGUUAUUGUUUUAUUGUUUGACCUCAGAAAACGUGUUCGUUCAGGCCUAUUACGUACAUGUAUUAUUUUUAGACGAAAUUUAUCUACGAUCUUAAACUCUAAUGUUUUUCAUCGGGUGAUUUUUAAAACAUUACAGGCAUUCAUAUGGAAAGGAGGCAUUUUCAGAUAUGAAAAUGUAGCACGAACCCUGCAGUGUGAUGUUGUUUUGAAUGUUGUCUUUAACCUUGAAAUAGCAGCUUUACURCCAACGCCUCCWAGRCUUCCUGUACCGUUGAUGAACAAAAGAUCUAAACCUUACUUUGAACAUUCUCGUCCUCGUUCACCAUCGCCAGCAGAAACACCUGACAUAGAUAAUAUGGACGACUUUGAUUUGCUGCUUAAAAGACAUAAACAAAUUCARUUACAGUUAGAGACUUUAGAGAAAGAAGAAUCUGAAGCUUUGCUUGACAAUGAAGAUAUUAUAGAUGAUAGUUUUAUUGAUAUUCCUGUYGAUGGUAAUUUAGAUCACUCAGGUUCUGAACCAGGGUCUUCAGGAGUGCUUUCCAAUGAAGGGAGUGAAGAAAAAWCUUUACCAGAAAAGUUUUCUCCAUUUAAAAUCAAACCUCUWCGACCUCCUAUACCUUCAAUCAAAGAACUUAGUGAGAAACAAAAGCAUCAAGACUCAAGUAAAGAUGUCACAGAAACAUUAGAAAAUAUAUCAAUAAAUGCUGAUGCCUCUAAAACUACUAGAACACAAACMAYAUCUCAGUCAUCUCAGGAGACUCGUGURCCAGGAACAGCAUCAGCAAGGAAGAAAAAAGCUCGRCAAAGACGUAGAAAAAGRCAAAUACAAAGAAAGAAAGAAAAACAGGUUUAUGAAGCUAURCUUGCUAGGACUAAAGAUAAUCGCCCUAAACUAAGAAAUGAUAAUUCAAAAACAAUGGAACCAACCACAGAAAUUGACUCAAAGCUUAUGAUGAUUGCAUCGUCAUCUGCAAUUAAUGAUGAUAUGGACAUGAAAAUGAGGAACACCACAGAACAACAGAAGAUAAGACGUGAGAAGCUAAAGCAGUGGCAGAAGUCCCAUUGGCAGGCAGGUAAAGUACGCAGGUCACCCAGUGUCAAAAGCAGUUCAGAUGGUAAAGAAUUUGACAARGAUGACUAUCUAGAGGCUCCUAUGGAUGUAGAGAGUGAUACUCCAGAUGGCCCUGUCUUACCAUUAAUUGAAGAAGCAGGCAAAGACCCACCACCUCCUCCACCAUUACCGCUGUCUAUAAGAGACCAAGAGUUAAUGACCCUUUUUCAGCAACAGCAGCAAACGGCAUAUGGAAAUUAUCCUUUACAWUCUGUGGUUAACUCAUCCAACGUCUCACCAAAUAUACAUGGAUUUUAUCCUCCAGGCCAGAUAAUUUUUAAUGACUGGCAAAGUGCCUAUCCUGUAGAAUCAGCUGAAGUAGGCUUCUUACAAACCACUUCUACCACUAAGAAACCUCCUGAGGUAUCCAUUAAAUCCCCUGAAAAUGAAGAAGAYGAYGAUGAUGAUGAAGCAGAUUUGUUGAGAGAAAUUCUACUCAAAUCUGUUGCUAAGAAGAGAGCUGCAAAAACUACAGACAAGAAGACUUCUKAUUCUUCUCCCGUUAGUCCWCARUCACAGCAAAUAUCGAAGGCAACACGACCUGCCGCYARAAGGAAAGAUAUGGGAUCAUCUGUUAGAGAUUCAAAGCCCAAACAAAUUCACCAACAACCAAUAGUUACGUUAACACCUCCCCAACAUGCGCCAGUAGUGAUUCAACUUGGUAAYGACACCGAUGACUCWGAUGAUUCAGACAAAGAAGAACCUGUUUUGCAACAAAGAGCUGGUUUCUUUGGUAGUUUGGACAUGAUGAUCAAACAAGCAAGACAGUCUGCAGUAGAGAAUUCUAAGCCCAAACAACCAAGUGUGGAGCCAACCAAAGUGCCUAAAACUCCAGAUGCUUUAUCCCACCURCCUGAAGAGAGAAGAGCUGAAUACAAAAGGCUAAAAGAACAGCUUGCMUUACAUGAAGGAAAAAAGAGGCAGCCUCUCUCUGAUAUCAGUCAAGAUAAAGAAACCAAGUCAGGWAAUGAAGUCAAUGAUGAAAAAAUGGAAGUGCAAUCUGGGGAAAGCAGUGAGCUCACAGAGCUGAAAGAGAAAGUGAAAUUGCAUGAAGAAAAACUUACUAGAACAAGAAACUUACUGAAUGAAGAUCAACAGAGACUGACAAAGAUGACAUCUCUUUUGAGUGACAAGACAACAUUGUUAGAAGAACAGGAAGCUAAAGUUGCUAAACUUAAGAAGCAGCUUGAAGUGCAACAAAAAGCCAUGUUGAAUAACAAAGAYGUGAUCAAGAGACUACAUGAAAAGGCCACAAUAGURAAAGACMGAGUAUCAAAGAGAAUSACGUCAAGCCGUAACAUUGAAGAGGAGUUGCUCCGCAUGAAGAGUAUGGUAUCAGCAAUGCGUAGGAAUCCUGGCUUUCAGAAAAAUAGUGAAAACAAAGAAAUAAGUAAAGCUAGCAGUGCUGAAGAAACAAGACCAAGUGAUAUCAAAAGGCUGGCUUCACUGAAAAGAAGUGUGGAUGAUUUGGAGACUUUGAAUUCAAAGAAAGCUAAAGUUGACUCYCCAAGAAGUCAGUCUGUGAAAGCGUCACCUAGAAAACAAGCCCUUGCAGAUAUGAUAGCACAAGAAAAGGCYAGRCUGAAAGCACUUGAACAAGAACUGGCUAAAAAGCUUAGCAAUUUUAGUAAAACAUCUGUCAGYAAGGAACCAYMUAAAGAYAGUCCUGUGAAAYCAUCUAGUGACACUAAACCUUUGAAUAAUAAUGAAAAUAGCUCAAAGUCUAARGARGRGYCUGUAGAAGUGAAAAAGGACAGUGUUGUUGACUCAACAGUAGGUGAAAGUAUGCAAAMAUCAUUGAGAACAUUGGAUAUGAUURAUGCCAAACAACUGGAUCACAUAAAGACAUUGCAGGCAGAAAAAGAAAAAAAAGGACCAGUUUUCCCAUCAUUAACUGUAGAAAYACCUCUACCAGUUCACAAGAAAGUAGCAAAAUGCAUAUGGCUGGAUUCAAUGAGUGCAGUAUCACCUGUAGUUAAUGUAAAAGCAUCUAACAUUGACUGGAUUGCUGGUARUUCCAAUCAUAUCAAAGAUAAAGACAAAGACAUUGCUACCAACAGCAGCAUUCCUAUUGGAYUGUAUGAAAGUGUGCUGUUGUACUUCAAAUCCUACAGGCUCUCCCCMUACUACCGUACUAAAUCUGGCCUGUCGCUAAAAUCYUUAUCACAUACCAAUAAAAUCAAYCCUGUUGUACCUCUUUGUAAAUACGAACUUAAAGGCACUUGUAAUGAUGAACAAUGCCAGUAUCAACACAAGAGAGAUUACACACCRACUACAGAUGAUACUAUGAAGGACUUGGCAGCSUAUAUAGUCAGYGACAAGGAGAAUACAUCAAUAAAUAAAGGAACAGAAGAAAAGCUUCAAGAUAUCAUUCAGAAUUUUGUAAAACAAUACAAAAAUAAGAUCUCUAUGGAUGAUUUAUAYCUGUUACUUGUCAAUCAUGUUAGAGUGAAUGCCGAGAUGAUACAGCCCUUUUAUAUUUGUGGUGUCAAUCAUUCCAUGUUGCUAUGGCAAAAUAGGAAAACUGUGAUUAUUGAAGAGAGUACAUCUACUGUAGACACAGGUCGUGGUGUGCAUUUGGCAAAGAAGGAAGAACAGAAGGGACCUUGUAAAAACACAUCUAGAGAACAUCAAGAAGUGCGAUAUUUCUCAGAAGUCUAUAACAGYCUAACAACAUUAUCAAAUGCAGUACAAGAAACCCCAUCAGAUGUUGCAUUAUGGAUUAAACUAGCACGACUACAAUUGUGUCAGAAAUCUGAAGAUGAAGAAGRAGACAUCAGUGAAGAGCAAACAGAUACAGGGGUUCUACAGUCACUGAAUACUUUAUCAAGAGGUUUGGAGGCAAAUCCUGACUCAGAGGAAUUAUGGCUUGAAUACCUCACAUUAUUCCAUGCCCAAGAAAACAGUACAGAACACAARGAGCUUUGUGAACAAGCUAUUGGUUUUACACCUUCAUUCAAUAUCUGGUGGCAUUAUUUAGAGUCUACCAACACUUACAAUGAUAAAAGAACUAUAUGCAUAAGACUUAUCAAUCACCUAGCAAGCCAAGAUGACUCCACAGAUCUUCAUUCACAUAGAMUCCUUGAAUCACUGCUGUACUUGGUACAGUUAGAACUYUAUACUGGAMGAGUGAAGGCUGCUUUGUCAACUUUUAUGCUUGCAAUAGGCAAAAAACACCCCACAACAAGUKCAAAUGAGAGRGRAAUCYCUAUGAAGUUGACUGGUAAACUUUCACCAACUGAUCUGACUCUURUCUGGCUGGGUUAUAUUCAUGUGUUUGAGUUYCAUCRGUUGCCAGGCAUUUGGUUUGAUCAGAGAAAUGGUCAUCCAUCAAGAAUGGUUGCUAAGGAUGCUAUUGUGUUUCCAUGGCAACCUGGUGGUGGGACAAGGGCAUCAAGUGAAAAGCUUCUGGCUUUAUUUCAUGAGGCACUCAAAUGCUGCACACACAAGGACAAGUCAUUAUCAAAGGUCUCAUUAUGUUUACCUCUCUACCAAAACCUUCUUGCUUUGGAGAGAGCACAUGGUAGAGUUGACUCUGCAAAGGGUAUAUGUCGACGUUUACUACAAGGUAACCCUACAAUACUGGAGUUGUGGCAGUGCCUUGGUGCCCUGGAGGAGUCCACAGGCAGCCCAACACAAGCAUUAGGUGUCUUGAAGGAUGGUUUAACAAAGUGUAGCAAUGACUGUGAGCUGGCUUACACCAUGGCUAGGCUAUAUCUAGAACAGAAGAAACCUUCCAUGGCAAUAGAAUUGCUUAUUACAAACACAAAGAYCAAGUACCUGAAGCCAACUGGUAGUGAUUCUAAAGUUGAUCCUAUUAAGUUAUACAGAAAACUACUGAAUCAGCCUUUACCAUAUGACAGUCAACCAGUAGACCUAGUUGAUAAACCAAGUGAGAGAGAGGAACUGUACUUAUGGCUUAGUUAUUGUUUGCUUCUUGAACUUGCACCCACCAUAUCACCUCUGUGCCUUCAAUACAACUUGUCAGCAGACUCAGCCUACGAGACAGCUGUCCAUAGUAUAUUGAACACCAGGCAUGCUCAGUCUGUGUGGUUAGAGUACUUGUUCUUCAAGAAGUCCAAACUAUUACAGGGUGAAGUUGGACAACAAGAACUUAGAUCACUGGAUGAUUUGAUUGGACGUUGUCUAGUGUCUGUUACUUCUAGCAGAUCACUACCAUUCUCUACAUCAGAAUCAUGGCAAGACUACACCUUUCACAAUCAGGUUAUCAAUCUGUACCUGGGGUGUCUCCCACAGUCCCUUUGGUCAGCAGUUUUCAGCAAGUAUCUGAAAUCAUAUCCUGGCAAUGUUCAACUAACCAUAAGGGCUUGUGAGCAUGAAGUUAAGGCAGGAAGUGUUGAUCAAGCUGUGAAAAUUGCUGCUUUGUUUCUGGCAGAAAACYCUAAGUGUCUYACUAUGUGGAAAAUAAUCAUUUCAUUGAACUUACAAAGAAAUCACACCAAGGAGGCUCUCAAGUUAUACCAACAGUCUACAAACAUGCUGCCUCUUGCUGCAACCCUGUGGAAAGAUUUCAUCAUGUUUGAGAUGGUCCACGGUAAGCAGUCGUCAGUAUCGGAAAUCAUCCAAUCAUGUGACAAGAUUGACCUUGACAUACAGGAAUACUUGAACACUUUAUUGGGAAAAUGAUUGACAGUUCAUCAGUCACAUGACAAACUCCUUAGCCAAUCACGUCUUUCAAAGUGAUGUAAUCAAAUUUUGACAGCUGUCAUUGACUUUAAUGACCUGUCUGAUUAUUGAUAGACUUAUUCAGGUAUUAUGUUAUUUUAGCCCUUACUCAUGCCAGCUUACAAAACACUAAACAGUGAUAUAAUUUAUUGAUAAUAUUUGCCAGGCGUGCAUUUUGACUUUUUGAACAAAUGAAAUUUCCCAACCAUAUGCUGCAAUAGUUSCUUUUUCAAGAAAAUCAAAUACAUUACUUUCUUUCUCUUUGAUAGGAAGUAKAUAUUACAUAUAAAAAACAUUUGUACAUUUUGUAUUUUGAUAAUGAAAAAUUUMAUAUUAUAUUAUAUUACAGUAACAAAUAACUUAGAGGGGAGCACUACACUUAGAUAAAUAGUCAUUUUCAUUUGACUGGCACUUAAAAUCACUAAUCUUUUGUAGUCAAAUGAAAACAACUCUAUUACCGCUUAAAACAAUAUUGGUUAGACAAAGCAACAAACAUUAUUUAGUGCCUUGUUCUCUUUAUAUUUCAUAUAUAAGGUGUAUAGUAGAGUGCAAGUCACAUAAGCAUGAAACAAUUCUUAACUAUGUAGUGCUAAAUAAGAAUUAGUUAUCAACUAACUAAGAAUUGAGAACAAGGGUACAAAGGAAUUUAAAUAAUUGGCAUUGUGUUUAUGCUUUGUUGAAUUCUUAGUUAGUUGAUAACUAAUCUUAUUUAGCAAUACAUAUUAAGAAUUGUUUCAUGCUUAUGUGACGUGCACUCUACAAAGCUUGAAACUUAGAAAUAGUUAUUGAUUAUAGCUAUUGUAUUUUAUUAUUUAGCUAGCACUUUUCAGUUGCUUUAAGUACUCUACCAGCAAAAAUAUAUAGAUAGUUAUGUUACUGUUAAUUCAUCAUCUACAAAAAAUUCUAUUGAAACUUUUACAAAAUUAUAUUACUUUCAAUUUUUCUAGAAAUGAAAAUCACAAAAGAAAAACAUGACUUUUUGUACUUUAAUAAAUUGUUAUUCUSUUGGUUUUUAUAUGCAACAAAUAAAAUAGGCUUUUUAAGAGAUUGGGAAACAUUUUUUAACAAUUGGUAGAUUGAUUUGAUUAACCUUUAGAAUAGCGAUGUCUUUGUUACAAUUUCACUCWAACAACAUAGUGUUAAUAGUAUUUUUACUAAACAUAAAAGUUUCUCGUUACCUUUGUUAUCUAAAGUAUUGAGAGGUAAGUAUAGCUAUGGGUAAGUAGACAUAAUUACUAUCCUUACAAUCUAAAUUCUUGUGACAUUUUGACGUUUCUCUUCUAUUCUUUACUAAACAAUUUCAGAGGUUUCAUCUUUCACAGUUUGUAUCAACUGCCACGACAAGGAUAUGUACUUCUAGAAUAAUUGAUCACAUUGGACAAGGAAUUAAGUCACAAGCUAUGAAUGGAUUUUAUCAGAAUGCUGAGGUSCCAUGGCCUCAUGUAAGAGGCCAGGUGUACCUACAAGUGUUCAUACUACAUAUGAAUGGACUUGUCAUCAAGAUUCAAGAAUUGAAACUUUGGACUGGAWAUGGACUUGAGCCUCAUURUAAUGAAAUGGGGGCAGUUAAGUGGGCGUGUCUGGACAUUUUAAGGCAUGUCUCAAAGACAAGAACCAAACACCUUGAGUAAAUAGCUGUAUUGUGUGUAGAUGUAGCAUGUGUAAUCACUGUAAUGUAGAAUAAAAACUUGUGUUGGCAUUGUUGAACUUUUAUGUUGAUUUUAGAUUUUUUUAUUUACAUGCAUGAGACUUUAAUUAAGAUUUUUUUUUUGUUAAUUGAUAUAGACUCAGCUUGUCCUUGACUAUCCUUUUGAUUAAAGGACUGACAUGACUGGCUAUGGAACAUCACACUGUUGUAAUGUCUUUUUUAAAUGAAAUAAAAUUGAAAGAUGGUGAA